AUGUUUAGAGUUUGCUGCUUUGUUCUUAUAAUCACACUUAUCAUUCAAGACUCCACAAUUUUAUGUGCUACUUCCCCUUUGCACGCUCCAACAUAUGCACCAGCGUAUUCUCCAACCAAUGCUCCAACGGAUGCACCAGCUUAUACUCCAACCAAUGCUCCGACGGAUGCACCAGCAUAUACUCCAAAAUUAGCUCCCAAACUCAGCCCCAAGCCCACACCACCGUCUUUGCCAAGCCCGUCUAAAUCUAACAGUGGAGACAUACCACAUUCGCCACCAUCAUUGCCAUCAGUUUCGCCACCACCACAAUCAGCAAAGUCUAGAGGUGGUUCAAAUGGAAUGAAGGGUGGACAGAAGGCGGGCCUUGCAAUUGGAGUCAUUGCUGGUGCUGCCCUUGUGGGAUUUGGAGGUAUGGUGUAUGCAAAACGUCGUCAGAAUAUUCGACGAUCACGAUUCAUGGAUUCUGUGCAGCUUAGUACUCCAUUCAGGAGAGAAUUUCCAGGUAAUACCACGCGUUGCUGCUCAUGCAACUUCCUUCUGGCAUAUUCCAGUGAACAAAUUGAGUUUGUACUUUGCUAUUGUCUGGUGGAAACAAAAAAUGAACCUAAUCACGAAGCUAGCACUUUAUCUUCCAAGCACUUGACACUCCUAUGCGGUGGAUCACCUGCACCCGCGCCUGGUCCAAAAAUACAUAAAGCACCCGCGCCUACUCCCACAUAUAUACCCUCGCCUUCGCCAAGGCCCCCGCAAUCAUGGCCGAGCCCGUCUCACCAUGAUAAAGAUGACUCGCCACCGUCGCCAUCGCCACGAGCAGCGAAGUUUAGAGGCAGUUCAAAAGGGAUGAGCGGCGGGCAAAAGGUUGGCCUAGCGUUUGGAGUCAUUGUUGGGGCUGCUCUGUUGGGUUUUGCGGGAAUGGUUUACGCUAAACGUCGUAGCAAUAUUAGGCGAUCACGGAAUGCUGGUUCUGUGCAACUUGGCGCUGCGUUCGUGAGGAGACCAUCUCCGUGA